UCCAUUAUAACAGUUCUUAGAUUUUACUACUCAAUUCUUUGUUACUCUUUAUUCUAAAAAAAACAUUGUUGCAAUAUGAAAAUAAAAUUAGCUACCUGCAUAAUAAUAUUAAUUAAUUUAAGUGCCAUUGACUCUAAAAUGACCAUUGAACAGUUAAAGAAUACCAUGAAACCAUUUAAAAAUACAUGUUUAAAAAAAGUUGCAGAUGUAGAUCCAGUUAUGGUUGAAGGAACAAAACAAGGUAACUUUCCUGAUGAUCCCACAUUGAAGUGCUUUUUCAAAUGCACUUUACAAAUGUUGAAAGUUUUGAAAAAUGGAGAAUUGUCAGUUCCAGCAAUGAUGAAUCAAAUAGAUAUUAUGAUGUCAGAGGAACUGGUUGAUAAAACUAAAGCUAUAGUAGUUGAUUGCGAUGGCAAAUCAAAAAAUUUGGGAGAUAUAUGUGAAAGAAGUUUUGCAUUUGUAAAGUGUUUCUAUGAAGCAGAUAGUGAACUAUACUUCUUUCCAUAAAAAAUUACCACAUCUAAAACAAAUUACAAAGCCCAACUCAUGAAUCUCCGAGUAGUUUAUGAUUC